AUGUUUUACGCGAAGGAUUGUUCAGUUAUUGAAGUGCAAAAUGAUAGAAAACGCAUCCGUAUCAAAUGGAAAGCACUGAAGGUAGCUUAUAAAAAUGUAAUCAAGCACAAUAGUUGUAGUGGUGUUGAUAGAAUCACUUGCCCUUACUAUGACAAACUUGAUUCCCUUUUAGGUCAUAGACCAGGUACAGGUAUCCUUGCAGAUGGGAUAGAUUCAGAUACAUUGAAUGUGGAUGAAGUUGAUGAGGAUCAAACAAAUACAGAAGAAGUAACUAGCAAUUUGUUCAAUGUAAUUGAAGAUACAUCUGAAAACAAUAUUGAACCUGUUAACUGUGAAAAAAAUGAGACAUUUUGUUUAGAUAUUGGAAACAGUGACAAUUCUGUAUGUAGUCAAAAAACUACAAAAUUGUUGAAUAAAACAAAGUCCGUCAGAUCUGCACCAUAUGCAAGAGCACUUAAAGGAUUUAGCACAGAGUUUAUGGAGUCACAAAGGCAGCUACAAAGAGAUUUCUUUGAGCAACAAACAAAAUUAAAUAAUGAGUAUUUUGAGAAACAAAAGACAUGGGAGGAAAAAGUAAUGCAGAAAGAAGAAGAAAUUGCAUUAGCGGACAGAGCAUCAAACGAAUUUAUGAUGAACAAUAUUUUAAAACUUAUGGAAAGACAAAUUAAUCAUACUAAUUCAUAUACACCAACGAUGCAUAUUCCAGCUACCUAUCCAUCUACUUCAUACAUGCAUCUUCCUUCUACUUCAUACACAGAUCUGCCUUCAAAUUCUUUAUCUACUCAACAGUUGUUUCCUUCUUCAUUUCCAAAUGAACAAGACUGA